UCAACUUUCAAGAUGCGUCUCAAGGCCGCGAGAAGAGUCAAAAGGAGGAAGGAAAGAAACCAAACCCGUUGACGGAGAAGAGCUCAGUAAAAGAAAGCGACACAUACACAAAUCUUUCACAAAGGAGACCCCUUUGAUUGUUUGGUUUAGACCCGAAACUCAUCAUCUUCUUCAAUUCAUCCUCUUCCUCCUCUCACUAGGUCCAAGUCUUUAUAGUCCUCAGUUUUGAUUUCAUCAUUCGCAGACAUCGAUCUUACCCCGUUCUUAGCUUUUGACUUCUUAAAUUUCUAGUUUCGUGUCCUUUCUUUUCUUCUUAUAUGCUUAUAGUUCAUUCUUGAUUUAUCCUUUUCAUAAUUUCUUUCGUGGUUUGCUUCAUUCUUUAGAAUCACUGCAAAGCAAGGAUACCCAUUUGGGUUUUGCUGCAUUUUUCACAAUCUCUUUGUAAUUCUCUCAUCUGGGUUUUCUUCAUUUGCUCUUUCUAUAUAUACAUUCAAGAAGAUAUCUUUAAAGGGGUUUCUUGGAUAUAUCCUUUCUGAGAAUCAGCUAUGGGGGAUUUGGGCGACUCAGCGACAGUGCAAAUAACAGGCAAGAUCAUGGUGCUUGCCGUAAUGAUUUUAUUUAUGGUGGUGGUUUUUGUUCUCUUGCUUCAUCUCUAUGCAAAAUGGUUUUGGUGGCGCGUUGAAGAGCCUAAUCCUCCGGCACGUUCUCGUCGGAACCGCCGCCGUUUCAUUUUUACCCCUGGUCAGGACCCAGUGCGGAGAGGGCUUGACCUCUCAGUCCUCAGAUCCCUACCAGUUGUAAUUUUCCAAUCCAAAGACUUCAAAGAUGGGUUGGAAUGCGCAGUUUGCUUAUCUGAAGUUGCAGAAGGGGAAAAAACGAGGUUGUUGCCCAAAUGCAACCAUGGAUUCCAUGUUGAUUGUAUUGACAUGUGGUUUCAAUCCCACUCCACUUGCCCUCUCUGUAGAAACUCAGUAGCGCCAUUACCCGAAUGCUCCAGCUUCGACAGUAAUGAUUUGCAAGAUAAUAUUCAUUCUCCAGAGGAAAUUUUGGCUUCUGGGUAUUCGACAGAAUCUCCAAAUUUUCCCACAAAUGUGUUGUUUUGGGGGGACCAGACUCAAGUAAGCACUGGCGGCGGAGGCGGCGGCUUGGAAGAAGGAACUUCCACUCAAGCACCUUCUUCUUCUUCUUCUUCCUCUUCUUCUUCUACUAGGCAAGAUGAGAUGCUAGUUAUUGAUAUUCCUGUGCAAAUGAGUGACAAUUUUCCUGAGGAAGAAUCCAAGUCGCCAAUGCCUACACAACGGUUAAGGUCGUUGAAGAGGCUUUUGAGCAGGGAAAAAAGGGUGGCUCCUGGUAGUUCUAGUUCAGUUGAUGUCUAAUCAACGAGGAGAUGAUGUGUAUUUUGUAUGUAAGUCUUGAAAAGAGAGAAAGAAAUUGCCAAUGGAUGACUGAAGAUAUUGCUUUAUCUCGUCAACAUUGGCUUGGUUCGGUUAGAAGUUACAAGUUAAUGAAAUUGAGUCCUGUUCAAUAUAAUCCUUUAGAAUUGGUUCUCUUUGUGGAGUUAAAUAGAACCUCUCUGCUUGAUUUGCUCCUAAUUUUUUUUGUUUUUGAACUCUGAGAGGUCUGAGAUGACCAAGUCUGUUUUACAAGAUUUGCUGGUAAAACUAUGGUUUGGAAGAAGAGGUUUUGGAACAGACGUUUGAAAACUGAAAAUGAAAAUAUUGUGUGAGAAGAGAAUAGGGAUCUAGGCUAGGCAGGCUUCUCUGUUUGAAGAAGGUGGAACAAUCCAUCUUAUUUAACAGAAGAUGUAUUUCCAUUACAUUCUUGUUUCACUAUUGAUUCAUCUGUUGUAGAGUUUUUAAUCCAUUUAAUUCCCCAUUGAUUGCAUUUGUUUUAUA